CUCACUAACACAAUUUAAGAUGAGCUCGACGAAGGAAAAACCGGAGGAGCAGGACAGAAUCCAGAAAAGGGUCAACAAGAUCCUGGAGGCGCGCCUGGAGUCGGAUAAGGACACUUUGGACGCUUUAAGUGGCCUUUCCACCUUCUUCACAGAAAACACCCUUCAGAACCGCAGGAAUCUCCGCAGCCAGAUCGAACACCGCUCAGUGGGCAUCAACGAGAACUUCCUGAAGGCCUUCCGCGAAGUGAAGCUCUCCCUGGACGCCGUGUGCCAAGAUCUGGACACGAUGGCCACGUCAGUAGAGACCGUGAAAUCGGAUCUGGAGACCUCAAAGGCGCUGACUAAGGAUCUGAUUGAGCAGACCAACACCAUGCAGCGGGAAAGGGAUCGACUGGAGGUGCACCAGCAGAUUGCACAAGCAUUCCUGGCCCGCUUUCAGUUGAGUGGAGCGGAGCAUCAGUUGCUCUACGGCUCGGCGAAGGAUGCUCCUAUUGUGGCGGACUUUUUCCGCGUUCUGGACAGAGUUCAAAGCAUCCAUGCUGACUGCCGGUUGCUAAUGCAAUGUGGCUACCAAACGGCUGCAUUGGACAUUAUGGAAGAGAUGACCCUACACCAGGAGGGCGCUCUGGAGCGACUUUACCGCUGGACACAGAACCACUGUCGCAGUUUGGAGAACAACGAGAUCGGUCCCCUUAUUGUGGAAGCCAUGAGCCGACUGCAGGAUCGCCCUGUGCUUUUCAAAUAUGUAAUUGAUGAAUACGCCAUUGCCAGGCGGGCUGUUUUGGUACGUCAGUUUAUUGAGGCUUUGACAGAAGGUGGUCCCGGUGGCAAUCCUAAGCCCAUUGAGCUGCAUGCGCAUGACCCCAAGCGUUAUAUUGGCGAUAUGUUUGCCUGGCUGCAUCAGAGUAUUCCCAGCGAGAAGGAGAACUUGUCGUUGCUCUUCAAAAAGUGCGAUAAGCAGGAUAUUUCCGACCAACUGCAUAACGCUUUAGGUUACAUAGCCGAUGGUGUUUGUCAUCCUCUUAAAGUGCGCGUAGAGACGAUUCUACAGGCAGAAAAGGACACCAUUGUGUUGUUCACCAUUUCCAAUUUGCUGCGCUUUUACCAGCAAAUAAUGCGCCAGGUGGUGCAAGGUGGCAGUUUGGAGGAGUGUCUGGUGGAGCUGCAAAAGAGCAGUGAGCAGAUUUAUCUAGGCGCUUUGGCUUCUCAGGUGCGAAGCGUUUUGCAGCGACCCUCUGGAGGAUCGGGUUUGGCACUGGAACCACCGCAAAGGGACCUAGUUCCGCCGCCAAGCGUUGCCCGUCUGCUUAAUAUGCUCAAAGAGAUCCUCUCGGUGGCAACCAUGGUUGAUGGUCGCCAGGCGGACAUUACCAAAAUUGUUAGCUGUGUGAUCGACCCACUGCUGCAGUCCGUGCAGGAGAGUGCCGCCCAUCUGCCCACCGUGGACAUGGGCGUCUACCUUCUGAACUGUCUUCAUCACAUGCAGAGCUCGCUGGCGGUUUAUGAAUACAUGGAUGAGCGUGUGGAGCGGUUGCAGGCCCAAUCGGAUGCCCAACUGGACACACUUACUUCUGAGCAGGCGUCCUCACUGGUGGCCAACUUGAACCUGGGUCCCAUCUACGCAAUUCUGCAGAGCAAUCAGUCCAAAAUAGAGACAAAUUUGCUCAAGAUCUUCAUGUCCAAGAUGGACGCCUUUCUGGAAUUGCCCGAUGUGCUGCUACUGCCACAAGUGCAGCUCAUCAUGUCCAGCAGUCAUCGGGCGACCGUGCAAAAGCGCUCCUUUAACGUGAUCGUGGCCAUCUACAAGCAGAUCUACGAACGUGUCCACGAUCCGGCCAACGGAUUCGAACAGCCAGAGCAGCUGCUCCACAGGACGCCCGAGCAGGUAGCCCACAUCCUAACCUCCACUUAGUGGAUAGGCUAUCAUUCCAAUGUUUAUUGUGCAUUACUAUAAUUUAUAAAAUAUAUAUUUAAUCUUUUAA